UUUGCUAAAAUGGCUCAACUUCUGAACAGCAUACUCACUGUGAUCAAGGUUUUCCAGAAAUACGCUAAAGAGAAUGGGGAAUGUACAUUGCUGUGCAAGAAGGAGUUGAAGCAGCUGCUCUUAGCUGAGUUUGGAGAUAUCCUCCGGAGACCAAAUGACCCAGACACAGUGGAAACCAUCCUGAGCCUCUUGGAUAAAGACAGAAAUGGAUAUGUUGAUUUUCAUGAAUAUCUCUUGUUGGUGUUCCAAUUGGCCCAAGCCUGCUAUCAUAAACUGGAUAACAAGUCAUAUGGCGAUAGAAUCUCUCAGCAAGAAGAGGAGGAGGGAACACGAGACCAUAAGUUUCCAGGAAAUAGAGGUAGACAACAGAGGCAGAGGCAUGAAGGAGAAAGGCAGGACUCCCACUGUACUCAGUCUGAGAGACAAAACCAGGAUGUCCACCAGGAUCAGUCUGAUAGACAGGAUAGGGAUUCCCACUAUGGUCAGCUUGAGAGACAAGAUAGAGACUCCCACUAUGGUCAAUCUGAAGGACAGGAUAGGGACUCUAGCAAUGGUCAGUCUGAGAGACAGCGUAGGGACUCCCGCUAUGGUCAGUCUGAGGGACAGGAUAGAGACUCCCACUAUGGUCAGUCUGAGGAACAGAAUAGAGACUCCCACUAUGGUCAAUCUGAAGGACAGGAUAGGGACUCUAGCAAUGGUCAGUCUGAGAGACAGCGUAGGGACUCCCGCUAUGGUCAGUCUGAAGGACAGGAUAGAGACUCCUGUGAUGAUCAAAGAUGGGGUCAUAAAUCUAGCAGUAGUCAGUCUAAAAGACAAGGAUAUAUCUUUGCCUUAAAUCAGAGUGAGAAACAAAUUCACAAUUCUCAUUAUGGCCAAAUAAACCAACAGGAAUCAGGCUCUUAUUAUGGACAGUCUCGGAGUUUGGAUCAGGAAUCAGCAUAUGGUCAGAGAGAUAGACAAAAAUUGGACUCCCAAUAUGGUCAGACAGACAGAAAAAGCCAGAGUUCCCUCUAUGGUCAGACAGAUAGACAAGGCCUAGGUUCUCAGUAUGGCCAGACAGAGAGACAAGACCAGAUUUCUCAUUAUGGGCAGAUAGACAGACAAGGUCAGAUUUCUCACUAUGGUCAGACAGACAGACAAGGCCUGGGUUCUCAGUGUGGCCAGACAGACAGACAAGGCCUAGGUUCUCAGUAUGGCCAGACAGACAUACAAGGCCAGAUUUCUCACUAUGGUCAGACAGACAGACAAGGCCUACAUUCUCAGUAUGGCCAGACAGACAGACAAGGCCUAGGUUCUCAGUAUGGCCAGACAGACAGACAAGGCCAGACUUCUCACUAUGGUCAGAGAGACAGACAAGGCCAGACUUCUCACUAUGGUCAGACAGACAGACAAGGCCAGACUUCUCACUAUGGUCAGACAGAAAGACAAGGCCUAGGUUCUCAGUAUGGCCAGACAGACAGACAAGGCCAGAUUUCUCACUAUGGUCAGACAGACCGACAAGGCGUAGGUUUUCAGUGUGGCCAGACAGACAGACAAGGCCAGAGUUCCCACUAUGGCCAGACAGACAGACAAGGCCUAGGUUCUCAGUAUGGCCAGACAGACAGACAAGGCCAGAUUUCUCACUAUGGUCAGACAGAAAGACAAGGCCAGAUUUCUCACUAUGGUCAGACAGAAAGACAAGGCCAGAUUUCUCACUAUGGUCAGACAGACAGACAUGGCCAGAUUUCUCACUAUGGUCAGCCAGCCAGACAAGGCCAGGGUUCUCACCAUGGCCAUGGUCAGACAGACAUACAAGGCCAAGGUUAUCAUUAUAGCCAAACAGAAAGACAAGGACUAAGCUCUCAUUAUGGCCAGACAGACAGACAAGGCCAGGGUUAUCAUUAUGGUCAGUCAGACAGACAGAGCCUGAGCUCUCACUAUAGUCAGUCAGAGAUUAGGGAAACAGGACAAAAUAGUUACCACCAAGGGAGUGAGGGAACAAACAGAGACUCAUGUGUUGAGCAAUCAGGAAGGUCAGGGAGACCAAGUCAACAGACUCUGGGGCAGGAAGUAACCCGAAAUCAAGGGCAGAGAUUCCAGUCUAGGGAAGGGCAACAGAAUAGCCAUCAGGCAUGGGAGCCUGAGGAUAGCCAAUACCACCAACACAAACUCAUAGCACAAAUCCAGCAAGAAAGGCCAUGUAGUUACAAAAGGGGUGACUGGCAAUCAUGUAGUAGUGAGCAGGACCACAUACAGGCUGAGGCCAGGCAAAGUCAUGGAGAUGGACACAGCCACCAGGCCAAAGAAGAGCAGGGCCGCCAAAGUUGGGGCAGACAUGGUUGUGAGAAUAAAGAAACUCCACAGGAGACGCAGGCCAGGCAAACCCAUGAUAAGGAACAAAGCCAUCAGGGACAGGAGAGGCAAACCCACGAAGAUGAGCAGACCCAUCAGAGGAGGGACAGGCAAACCCGUGAAGGUGAGCAAAUCCAUCAGAGGCAGGACAGGCAAACCCACGAAGAUGAACAGACCCAACAGCGACAAGACAGACAAUCCCAUGAAGAUGAACAGGCUCGUCAACCACAAGACAGACAAACUCACGAAGAUGAACACACCUAUCAGCGUCGAGACAGGGAAACUGAUGACAAGAAUCAAAACUGUCAGCAACAAUGGGAUAGGCAAACCCUUAAGGAGGAAGAAAGGUAUCAAGGGUCCCAGGAUCGACAAUCUUAUGGGACUGAGCAAGGCUGUGCUAAUAGAGAAAAAUUUCAAAUGAAUGAGAAUAGCCAGAGGCAAGGCUCCCAGGGAAGACCCAGUAACCUGACCCUCCAUCCCACCCAGAGGGGUGGGAGGCUUCCAAGGAGAGAACAGGGUGGAAGUUACCCUACCAAGGCAGCUCCUGCUCCCAAUCCCCUCUAUGACUAUGUACAAGAUCAGAAAAGGAAUCAGCACUAGGCUGUGCACACACCACAGCUAAAGCAACUUGAAGCCAAAGAAGAAAUCUACAUGUCAAGUUUAUCUUUACUUCUGUUUAAGAGAUUGAAAAUGUACGUCUUCCUUCCCUCCUAUAUCUAUUUGCAAGGAUGCUUUUGAAUACUAGUACUCACUUUUAGGGCAUUUUCAUUCUUUGAGUAGAAAUUCUAGGGUAUUCUAUUAAGUUAAAUCUGAGUGGUAAGUUGGGAGACAUAAUCAGAUCCCAAUUUUGGUUAGUUUGGGUAUUUAAAUCAUUUCCUGGUUUUCCCUCUGUUUAGGUGGGUCAUGGUUGGAUCAUUGAAUAGCAGAAACUUCUCCCAAAAGUUCAGAAACAGGAAAAGUAUUCUGAAGAUAUAUAUUAUAGCCUGAAGACAAGACACUUGGGCUUUGAUGAUCUUGGGUUCCUGUGAACAAAACACCAGAAAUUGCAAACCUCAUAGCCUACACUACAAUGACACAUGGUGAGAGGCUUCUAGGAGAAUCAUCUCUGAAGUCCAUAACAUGCCAAGUUUCCCAUCCUUUGCCACAGGGGCUGUCCCUUGAGCUGCUAUCACUACAGCUGACUGGACUGGUUCCAGCUCCAUACUUACCCAGUUUCUGAUCAUAUAAAACAGAAAGCAUAUGUCAUCUGCUUACAAAUUCCAACAAGCCAAAACUGUCCAUCCAUAGCUCUUGAAAACCCUUCAAAGAAAAUCUGUGGAAUUGUAUUAAUAUACCCAAUAAAUGAUU